CAUACCAAUCAUUAAUUAAUGUCUCAAGCUCCUAACUAGACAUUUGGCUCCGCCAGGGUAUGAAUUGGACGGAGGAGGAGCUGCCAAACCUUGUGUUUCUUCUCCGUCGGAGUGGAUCUUCUCCAUCUCCCCAGCCUAAAAAAGCACAACAAAUUGGGAGGAAGAAAGUAGUAUUCUGGGCUAUAAAGGAUGUAGAACUAUAUGCUGCACCCUGGUGGAAAGCGGCAAUCUGUUUCCCCCUGUAUAUAUGCAUGAUAUUGUUUUUCAAUUUGAGUGGUUAGGACAUUUUCUGAUGCAUUUAUUUUGAUGAUGAUGAUGAAGAAGAAACACAUGAUUCUACCUGGGAAACACUGUAAACCGGGAGAUGAAGUUUCUGAACCUCAUUGUACCCCCAUGUCUGAUACCCACAAUGUAUCAUCAGAACAAUCCCCGGAAGUUUCUCCACAUCCCAUUAAAUGUAGUUCAUUCAGUUUUGAUGCUCAUAUUCAGCAACCUCAGAGCAGUUUCUCUCGUUCUUCUUUGUUUUGUACUAGUUUGCACUUGUCGUCUUCAUCUAGUUUAGAAACUACCCUUCGUCUACAGAGUUUGCCAUUUCUUCCGGAUCCUUCACCUCGGAAGCUUCCGAAUUUCACCAAUCUGUCUUCAGACUCUUCAUCAUUUGUUCAAAGAGACUCUUCAUCUCUUGUUCAAAGUUGUCGGGGCCCUUCCGAGGGUAGUUUGAGAAGUUCCCAAAAUAUUCACGGAGGCAGUUCAGAUGGAAGUGUUAAUCAUGAACACUGUGGACUUGAUAGUUUACAUCUUACUGAGCAAAUGGAGUUGCAAUUAUUGUCAGAUGAACUUCACAUUGUGAUUGGUAGCGAUGGAGAGAACCCGCGGAUUGAUGAAAUAUAUGAAGAACCACAAGCAUUAAUUCAGCAAUGCAGUGAUAUGACUGCAAACCAGAAUAACAUCUCCUGUACAUUGCCUAGUGAAAAACUAUCAGCUCAGCAAUCUGUUGGCUCACAUAAACAACGGAUGAGAUGGACGCCUGAGCUUCAUGAUUGUUUUAUGGAGGCUGUCAAGAAACUUGAUGGGCCUGAAAAGGCAACCCCAAAGGCGGUUUUGAAACUAAUGAAUGUUGAAGGUUUGACUAUCUAUCAUGUGAAAAGCCACCUCCAGAAAUACAGACUUGCAAAGUAUAUGCCUGAAAGAAGUGAAGAUAAAAAGACUUCCAGCACUGAAGAUAAGAAAGCAACUGUUAUCAGUAAAGCAAGUGAAGGAAAGGGGAAAGGGAACAUUCAAGUCCUGGAAGCUCUAAGAAUGCAAAUGGAAGUUCAGAAACAACUACACGAGCAACUGGAGGUACAGAGAGCCCUUCAGUCAAGAAUCGAGGAACACGCAAGGUAUUUGCAGAAGAUCUUUGAGGAGCAACAGAAAGCUGGCUGUAGCGAUGCAAGCCAGAUGGGUUCGUGUAUAGAUUCUGACCAGAUUCUUUCAUCCUCUCCGGCCAGCAUUUCUCCCUCUGGUUGUAUGCCAUCUCCAACCCUUGAAACUGAAGAUGGUGGCGCCAUCAUUGAAAAUGAACCGCCACAAAAAAGACCUCGCACUAAAGAAGUUCUAGAAGAUGGCUGCAAAAGUUGAGAACUGUGCAAUUGUUAUAUGCAUUUCUUGUGUUGUGUAAUGUUUUCAUCUUUCUCUUUGUAUUUGAGCCAUUGGACAUUUUGUUGGUGUAAUGUUUGCAAUUUGUUUAUUGAAUCUCUGUUAACUUGUACAGAUGUAAACUUGUUUAAUAAACAAUGUUACUCCCU